UCGGCACCCGCUCUAAGCACAAUCUUCCAAUUCCCAGCUGGCUCUGGCGCAUGGGUUGAGAACAUUGCUGAGCGUGCCAAUGGCAAGCUCCUCGUCACGCGCAUGUUCACCCCUGAGCUCUGGCUCAUCGAUCCCUCGACCGGCUCUGCCGAACUGGUCUACAGCUUUCCUGAUGCCAAUUCCGUCACCGGCAUUACACCCACUGGUAACAACGAUGAAUUCGCCGUUGCUGUCGGGAACGUGAAUGCCGCCACCUUUACACCUGAGGCCGGCAGCUGGAGCACCUGGAGAGUCAACCUAUCUGGAUCCAAGGCCACUGCCACCCUCAUCACCAAGAUUCCCGAGGCCAAAUUCUUGAAUGGCAUGGGUGCUUUCAAGACCGGAGGUUCAAAAGGCCUUCUUAUCACUGACUCGGUUGUUGCUGGCAUCUGGGCCGUUGAUCUCGAUACCGGUGCGACGAGCCUCGCGCUCCAAGACGACUCCAUGCUCUCACCUGCUGGUGCGACCUUCGCAGUCGGUAUUGAUGGUUUCCGUGUCAAGGGCAACAACCUUUACUACACAGUCUUCGCUGGUGGUGUGCUUCGCCGCAUCAGCGUCGAGUUCCCGUCUGCCGCAGAUCUCGCUGCCGGCACCGCUAUCCUCAAGCAAAUCGCUGUUGAUGAGCUUGCAAACACCGGUGGUUCAUUCGAUGACUUCGACGUCGCAGCUGAUGGCACCGUCUACGUCACCACCAACCCCGAGAAUACUGUCGUCAAGGUCGCCGCUGCUGGUGGCAAGCCGACCCUUGUGGCUGGCAACGUUGGGUCUCUUGAUCUUGCUGGUGCGUCAUCAGCACUUCUGUCUACGGUCGCUACCAAUGUGCUGUACGUCACCACGUCAGGCGGGGUUGCCGCGCCUGUAAACGGCACCUUGUCUGAGGCUGGAAAAAUCAUGAAGAUU